AGUGUCUUGGCUAGCAACUUGUCUCGUGUAGUCUUCUAACACGCUGUCAUGAUGGGCGGCGCUCCUCCACCACCUCCGAGUGGAGUUUCACGAGCGCCGCCGCCGCCGAUGGUGGGCAAAAGCGUUCCCUUUCCUGCCGCCCCGGCAAUGCCAAAGCCAGGUGGCAAGGGUCAAGGUGCACCUCCGGCCCCGCCUCCACAGCAUUCAACGUGGGAAGAGCCUGAGCCUGCGUUUCCGAAGCGCCAACAAGGCACGCCGGCGCCCAAAUCCCACCAGCAAAGACGUGCCAAACAAGUGACUGGCAAUUCGCUGCAGUUUAAGAACCACUACCAGAUCCCACUGACUGAGAAGUUCAAGACUUUGCAAGCGAUGGAUUCAAACCAAUUCAGCAACUCUGCGCUAGGAGCCCUCUCAAAUGAAGAGGUGACUGACGUUUUGUGCGAGAUCUGCAGCGUUGACCCGGAGUCCAAGCCUAUGUCGAUUGACAACGACCGCGCAGCAUAUCUCAACAGCCUGUGCUCCGACUACUGGCGAGAUGUGCAGAGUGGAGACAAGGAAGAGGUCAACGGCAAAUAUUUGAUCGGGUUGGUCAAGCACAACCGCAAGGAGAAGGAGCGCAUUCUUGGUCCUUUGAGGGUUUACCCCUCUGGGGACCGGUACUGCGUAAGUAAUUCUGAGAAGCAUGAAUAUCUGCCUCGCUCGUGGAAUGCAUGGGAUGAGACUGUGUACUGGUCAUCGCAGCACAAGAAGCCGUAUGUAUCCAACCAAGACAAGACUGCUUGGGUGGAAGAGUUUGUGCCUGUGUCGGAGUACCGCCAGUAUGAAGCCAGGAAGGGCCCGGACAGUCUGCACAGUUUGAGUUUGCGGUCUGUCAACAGGGCGGCCAGAAGUGAGACCUCAACGUCCUUUUCCUCUGAGUUUAACCACAUCGUGGUGUAUGCCCCAGACCAAACAGCGCUUCUGGUAGAUCUCCACGAGCCCCAGAAAAGCUCUUACCUUCCAGAGUGCCCAGCAAUGGACUAUGCCGUAUCGGUCACUAAGCGUGACGGUGAGACCAAAGAGUACGUCACGUCCCCGACUGUUCCCCUUUCGGUUUUUGCGAGUGAACUCAUGGAGAAGCAGCAGAGCAUGCCUGCUUUGAAAGACACAGAGCCGUCUGCCAAGCGUCUCCGUGUUUUGGCUCCGCAGGAGAGCAAGGCGUCUGAAUGGUCAACCGCUGCCAAUGCUGGAGAUGAGGCCAAACUUUUCUGGUUGGCCCACCAUGUUUUUUGUCGAUGCUAAAUGGUAGGAACAUUUCAUGCCACAGACUCUUGGCAGGCCUCAUUUUUGCCCAGCCCACUGGGGCGCACGCAGAGACCUGUUCCUGCUCCUCAUGGCGGCCCUCGUCUCAGCCAGGAGGAGAUCGAUCGCAUUCGCUUGGAAGUGCGCCAAAGGAAGGAUGCACAGGAUCGGCAGGAGGAAGAGAACCGCAAGAAGGCGCAGGAGGAGGCUCGCAUUCAACAGCAGCAGGAGGAAGCUCGUAAGAAGGAGGAGGAGCGAGUCAAGCGAGAGGAGGAAGCACGCAUUCGACAGGAAGAGGAGGAAGCUCGUAAGAAGGAGGAGGAGCGCGUCAAGCGAGAGAAGGAGGCACGCUUGCAACAGGAAGAGGAGGAAACUCGUAAGAAGGAGGAGGAGCGCAUCAAGCGAGAGGAGGAGGCACGCGUUCGACAGGAAGAGGAGGAAGCUCGUCGUCAGAAGGAGGAGGAGAGCAUCAAGCGAGAGGAGGAGGCACGCAUUCGACAGGAAGAGGAGGAAGCUCGUUGUAAGAAGGAGGAGGAGCGCAUCAAGCAAGAGGAGGAGGAGGCACGCAUUCGACAGGAAGAGGAGCAAGCUCGCAAGAAGGAGGAGGAGCGCGUCCGACAGGAGGAAGAGGAGCGGAUGGCCCAGGAGGAAGCUUGGAAGAAGAAGGAUGAGGAGGAGAGUCGCCGCAAGGAGGAAAUGGGUGAACGCAUUCGCCAGGCGCGGGAGAAGGCGCAACAGGAGCUUCGCAAGAAGGAGGAGCAACGUGUUCAAGAGGAGCAGGUUCGCAAGGAUAAGAAGGAGACAAUGCAGGGCGAAGGGCCUACGCCUGGGUAUCCUUUGCAGGGAAAGGCCAAGACUAUUCCUGCCCCACCUUCUGUGACUAAGAAGGUUGAGAAGAAGUAGAGUAGAGCGCAAUGAUGGCCAGUGAGGUUCUGAGCACCCUCCCAAUGCAGCAAGUGGCU